GUUUUAGAACCAAUCCAGUAACUGCUCCAACUGUAAUAACUACCAAAUGUCCUCCUCCUACACUCAACUGCUCACACCUCUCUCUGGCCCCUUACCUUCCCAACCACUUUCUGCCCUCCAAAUCCACCAACCCACAACUCUCAAAACACACACUCUAAAGCCCUCUCCUUUACUCAACCCACCCACCACCACCACGGGCGGCGGUUCUGCACCGAAACUCGCAUCCCACUCCUCUCGCACUCCGGCCACAUGGGUCGAGACCCUCCGCUCCCAAACCCGGUCCAAUCAUUUCCGAGAAGCCAUUUCUACGUACAUCGAAAUGACUCUUUCAGGUGUGGCACCCGACAACUUUGCUUUCCCUGCAGUUCUGAAGGCCGUCACGGGGAUUCAGGACUUGAAUUUGGGGAAACAGAUUCAUGCCCAUGUUGUGAAAUUCGGGUAUGGGUUAUCCUCGGUGACCGUGGCUAAUACCCUUGUAAAUGUGUAUGGGAAAUGUGGAGAUAUUGGAGAUGCAUGCAAAGUGUUCGAUGGAAUAACUGACAGAGACCAAGUUUCUUGGAAUUCCAUGAUUGCUGCGUUGUGUCGGAUCGAGGAAUGGGAACUCGCUCUCGAUGCGUUUAGGUCGAUGUUAUUGGAGAAUAUGGAGCCUAGCUCCUUUACUUUGGUGAGUGUGGCACAUGCUUGUUCGAAUUUGCAUAAGCGUGAUGGGUUGCGGCUUGGGAAGCAAGUUCAUGCGUAUGGUCUGAGAGUGAGUGAUUGGAAAACAUUUACAAUCAAUGCUUUAUUGGCAAUGUAUGCUAAAUUAGGAUUAGUUGAGUACUCGAGAGCUUUGUUUGAGAUGUUUGAGGACUGUGACAUGGUUUCGUGGAACACAAUGAUAAGUUCGUUCUCUCAGAACGACCAGUUUAUGGAAGCAUUAGAGUUCUUCCGCCUUAUGGUUCUUGCAGGACUCAAACCAGAUGGGGUUACAGUUGCAAGUGUUCUUCCGGCAUGUUCUCAUCUGGAGAUGUUAGAUACAGGGAAGGAAAUUCAUGCUUAUGCCUUAAGAACCACUGAAUUAAGUGAAAAUUCUUAUGUUGGUAGUGCUUUAGUUGACAUGUAUUGCAACUGCCGACAAGUUGGAAGUGGUCGUCAAGUUUUCGACGCUGUCUUGGAGCGGAAAAUUCCACUUUGGAAUGCAAUGAUUACUGGCUAUGCACAAAAUGAGUACGAUGAAGAGGCAUUGAAACUGUUCCUUGAAAUGUAUGCUGCCUCCGCGCUUUUCCCAAAUUCCACCACAAUGUCGAGUAUUGUGCCAGCCUGUGUGCGGUCUGAAUCAUUCGCUGAUAAAGAGAGUAUCCACGGUUAUGUAAUAAAGAGGGGUCUGGAGAAGAACAGGUACGUGCAAAAUGCACUUGUGGACAUGUACUCCAGGUUAGGAAAGACAGUAAUUUCAGAAAUCAUAUUUAACAGCAUGGAGGCAAAAGACAUAGUGUCGUGGAAUACCAUGAUCACUGGUUAUGUUAUUUCUGGACGCCAUGGUGAUGCGCUUAAUCUGCUAUGUGAUAUGCAAAGAGUAGAAGAAAAGAAGAACACAGAUUAUACUGGUUAUGACAAUGAAAAAAGUAUUCCUCUUAAACCAAAUUCAAUAACAUUCAUGACAAUUCUUCCUGGUUGUGCUGCACUGGGAGCACUCGCUAAGGGGAAAGAGAUCCAUGCUUAUGCUAUUAGAAACUUAUUGGCAUUUGAUGUUGCAGUAGGAAGUGCGCUGGUUGACAUGUAUGCGAAAUGUGGCUGCAUAGGUUUAGCUAGAACUGUGUUUAAUCAGAUACCAAUAAAGAAUGUGAUCACCUGGAAUGUACUUAUCAUGGCUUAUGGAAUGCAAGGGAGAGGGGAGGAAGCAUUAGAACUACUUAGGGAUAUGGUGGAUGAAGGAAGACGAAACAAAGAGGUAAGGCCUAAUGAAGUUACGUUCAUUGCACUUUUUGCUGCGUGUAGUCAUUCUGGGAUGGUUGAUGAAGGCCUGAAUUUGUUCCGAAAAAUGAAAGAGGACUAUGGAAUUGAACCUGCACCAGAUCAUUAUGCUUGUGUUGUAGACUUGCUUGGUCGGGCUGGUAAUGUGGAGGAAGCAUAUCAAUUCAUCAACUCUAUGCCUUCUCAACUCGAUAAAGCAGGUGCUUGGAGUAGCUUGCUUGGUGCCUGUCGAAUUCACCAGAAUGUAGAGAUUGGAGAAGUUGCAGCUAAUCAUCUCCUGCAGUUGGAGCCUGAUGUGGCUAGUCACUACGUUCUACUUUCUAAUAUCUACUCAUCUUCCGGAUUCUGGGAAAAGGCAAUGGAUGUUCGGAGAAAGAUGAGGGAAUUGGGAGUGAGAAAAGAACCUGGUUAUAGUUGGAUUGAGUUUGGCGAUGAGGUUCAUAAGUUUUUGGCUGGAGAUUUGUCACACCAACAAAGCAGGCAGCUCCAUGAAUUUCUCGAAACCCUGUCAGAAAAGAUGAAAAGGGAGGGUUAUGUGCCUGAUACUUCUUGUGUACUUCACAAUGUUGACGAGGAGGAGAAAGAAACUCUACUCUGUGGGCAUAGCGAGAAACUGGCAAUAGCGUUUGGCAUUCUCAAUACCCGUCCCGGGACUACCAUUAGAGUUUCCAAGAACCUUCGAGUUUGUAAUGACUGCCACACUGCGUCAAAGUAUAUCUCAAAGAUUACGGACAGGGAGAUCAUUCUAAGAGACGUAAGAAGGUUCCAUCACUUUAAAAAUGGAACUUGUUCAUGCGGAGAUUAUUGGUGAGAAAAAUGAACAUUAUUUUGUAAAUUUGGUAGCAUUCCAUUGAUUGUGUAAGUUCCCAGAAGCUCUUGUAUACACGUCAAGCUUGAUGCUCGAGAAUCCUUUUCGAAGGUUUCGUGGUAACUUGAUUUUCAACGAGAGUUUUGUUUGUGUCA